AUGGAAUAUGGGAAUUAUCCUUAUGCAGCAACCAACACCAAGCCUGGUGAGAAGAAACUAUGUACCCGAAUGCGGGUCGGCUUUGCAAGGGACAUGUCGGAAGAGGCAGUACAGGACUAUCUUCACACUGGUCUCCGUUCCCAGGGUCGCGGUGCCGGAUGUUACCCUUUGCCGCUUCAAUAUGGGGACAUUGUUAAAGUGGGUUGCUUUGCCUUCAUUCCGCCGGAGGUUAACUUCGAAGCCUAUGCAAAAGAAAUCAUGCGUCACUUUGACUUCUCUAUCCCUAUUGGGAUCAAGAUGGAUUUGGUUUCUACACCUUACACAGGACGUGCUAAAUUCAAUGAACGUUCCUCCGGUGUAACAAGUCCUCAUGGGUACACUCACAAGAUUCAUGCCAAAAGAGUGGACCGAGAAUUAAGAAGCCUUCUUAAUCCAUCCACAGCAAAGCCAGACUUCCCCUUUGCUGCUCCGGCUACAUUUAUUAGUGAUUGGAAGUCUGCUCAACAGGGAUUGAUCAGUGUGAAGGCCUACAGUCCGGUCAAGGAUGCUACCCUCACCCUUAUUAGCAAACUACAUGAUUACUACAUCCUGACAGAGGCAACCCCAGCUCAAGCCGACAAAGCUUCUCAUGCCCACCAAUCAACAACUGAGGCUGAUGACUCAGACAAUGACUCAGACAAUGACUCUUCUGACGACGAUCCCAAUGAAUCCUCUGGCUCUAAAGGCGGCCAAUUCACAGAAGUUUGGUCUAAGAAGGCGGCAACAAAGGUGAAAAAGAAGGCAAAGGAGAAGAAGAAGUUGAUCACUGAUAAUGAGAAUCCGUUCCUUAACGAUCUCUCCCCAGCCCAACGGAAAAUGGCUGAAGUUGCUGACCGUAAGCUGAAGAAUGAUCAGGUGCGUCACAAGCCCGGUCCGCUGUUCUUGAUGGUUCUACCAGGCGAGAUGGAGGGCACCUACAUCCUGGUGUGUCGCAAGAAGUUUAAACAAUUGGCUUGUAACGUCUUGAAGGGCUUGGUCCCUUUUCUGACUCAUCACCUGUAUGAGCCAACUCUGACAAAAACCGAUCAAGCCCUCCGUAAAUGGGUGCCGCAAUCAGAGAUCAGUAUGGCUCAACGUAAGAACCUCAAAUGGUGCACAAAGACACUUCGUGCUGUGGAGGCUACCGCCUCGCCAGACGCGGUUGAGGAAGCACUGGAGUUUCUGGAUAAUGUGAUGGAAGACGCAACGGAUGUCUACGAUGGUCAACUUUCAAUUGAUUUGGAUAUGGCUAACAACAAAGACAUUGAUGAUGGGAAGACCGUGACGGGAAUGAUGGACAAGAUGCAGGAACCGGAGCAACAACUGGAAGAUGCCUUCAAUGAGAUUGAGAUUUGGGACAAUGCACUGGAGGCUCAGGAACGCGCCUUGGCACAACAACGUGCGGACAAUGCGGCACUGCAAGAACAGCUUGCUGCCCUCCAGAGUCAGGCCAGCCAUCUACCUACCAUGAUGAGUCAGCCAUCUGCCACUCUACCCCCACAACAAUCGCUUGUCUCUUGA